AUGAAGCGGCCUCCGUCCUUGUGCCGCCGCCGGGCUUGUGGGGAGCUUCGGGCCCGCUUCCCAGGAGCUGCCGGACCCCCAGGGAAACGGAGGAAAGGUACUGAGGAAAAUGCCCUUGGCUCUGCCUCGCUGAGAAGGAAACAUGCUGCAGGACGUGCGCAAGGGUGUUCCCACGUUUUAGCCGUGAUCCGAAGACAACAAACGACAAAUACUGUAGAGGAGCCACUUGAUCUCAUCAGACUCAGUCUAGAUGAACGAAUCUAUGUCAAAAUGAGGAAUGACAGAGAGCUUAGAGGCAGGCUACAUGCAUAUGAUCAACAUUUAAAUAUGAUUUUGGGUGAUGUGGAAGAAACUGUAACUACAAUAGAGAUUGAUGAAGAAACCUAUGAAGAGAUUUAUAAAUCUACCAAAAGGAACAUUCCCAUGCUCUUUGUCAGAGGUGACGGCGUUGUGCUUGUAGCUCCCCCGCUGAGGGUUGGCUGAAGCAACAAAGGAUUUAACCUUGCUGGAAAAUUUCAGGCUUUUUGGACAAUGGUUUAUAUU